AUGAGCGCCAACGACAACGAGGAUCUAAUUGACUACGAGGAUGAGCACGAUAUCGUCACCAACGGUGCUGGUUCUGGUUCCGCCACAAACGGGGCUGGAGCAACAGAUGGCGAGGGUAAAGAGAAGAAGAAUUUCUCUGGGAUCCAUUCAACGGGGUUCAGGGACUUCCUCCUGAAACCUGAGCUUCUCCGCGCUAUCAGUGACCUUGGUUUUGAACAUCCCUCUGAAGUCCAGCAAGAAUGUAUCCCUCAAGCUGUCCUCGGAAUGGACGUCUUGUGCCAGGCCAAAUCUGGACAUGGAAAGACGGCUGUUUUCGUCUUGGCCACGCUCCAGCAACUCGAACCAGUCAACGGCGAAGUUUCCGUUCUCGUCCUCUGUCAUACUCGUGAACUGGCCUUCCAGAUUAAGAAUGAGUACACUCGCUUCGCCAAGUACAUGCCAGAUGUUCGUGUCAGCACCUUCUUUGGCGGCACACCGGUUUCAAAGGAUGCCGAUCUCCUCCGCGACAAGACAAAAUGUCCUCACAUCGUCGUCGCCACCCCUGGUCGUCUCAAUGCCCUCGCCAGAGACAAAGUUUUGGACGCCAAAAACGUGAAGCACUUCGUCCUGGACGAGUGUGACAAAAUGCUGGAACAGCUUGACAUGCGCCGCGACGUCCAAGAAAUCUUCCGGAUGACCCCUCACCACAAACAAGUCAUGAUGUUCAGCGCCACUCUCGCGAAAGACAUCCGUGUAACAUGCAAGAAAUUCAUGGCCAAUCCUCUAGAGAUCUUUGUAGACGACGAAACGAAGCUCACGCUGCACGGUCUGCAACAGCAUUACGUGAAGUUGGAUGAGAGUGGGAAAAACAGGAAGUUAAACGACCUAUUGGAUAACUUGGAAUUCAAUCAGGUUGUCAUUUUCGUCAAGUCUGUUGCUCGUGCCAUUGAGCUGGACAAAUUGCUUGUUUCUUGCAACUUCCCUAGUAUCGCUAUUCAUUCAGGUCUGCAGCAAGACGAACGUAUCAGUCGGUACACUGCGUUCAAGGCGUUCGAGAAGCGUAUACUAGUUGCCACUGAUAUCUUCGGCCGUGGUAUCGAUGUUGAGCGUGUCAAUAUCGUGAUCAACUAUGACUGUCCUCCUGAUGCUGACAGUUACUUGCAUCGUGUUGGCCGUGCUGGCCGGUUCGGAACAAAGGGUCUUGCAAUUACAUUUGUGACUUCCGAUAGUGAUCAACAAGUCAUGGCUGCGAUCCAAUCGCGAUUCACAGUCGCUGUACCAGAACUGCCGGAUCACAUCGAUCCUGCGAGCUACAUGACGUCUUGA